AUGUGUCAACGACCAGUAUUCCCGGUCGCUUCCGCCUCCUCUAGCCUAGCGAAACAGCUCACAACGGCAGUGGCACCCAGGACUACAGAACUUACUUCCAACAAUCUCAUUCGAACAGCCACCAAUCCAGAUUCGGCUGCUGGAAAGCGAGUUCGAUUUGAGCCACCUUGUACGCUGAAUUCCUUUUCAGAGCCAACCUAUUCACUGUGUGAUGAAGACAAGGAAUCCAUGUGGUGGACUCGCGAAGAACUGACUCUUCUUUCACCAUCACCAAAAUCCGUGGUUUCAGAUCCAUCAGUGCCCAUGUGUCUGAUUUUGUUUAUGAUUUCGAAUCUUUCCAUUCUAUCCAUUGCUGCCUGUGUCAUGGCACUGGACUGA